AUGAGUGCCCAUGGUGCGCACAUCAGCUUGCCGACACAUAUUUUGACCGUGAUCCUUGGCAGCCUGCACGCCGUGCGAUCCGCCGGCGGCUGCCUCUCAAGGGCAGAGUACGUCUCCGGCUGCGAUGCUUCAGGCCAGCGUUUGCCCGAGCUGCGUGACUCGAGCAUCAAGGAGGAGUCAGCACGAGACCGAAUCUACGAUGCCUUUCUCCUGUACCAGAACUUCAAGGCGACGUGCCCAAAGUUCGACCGCAUGGACCCCGUGAGAAGCAUCACCCAACGGGCAAAGAAGUUCCGCCGACCACAACGUGAGGCGUCGUUUCAGAUGCUUUCGGCUGUAUUUGUCGAUGAGGUUCAGGACCUGCUCCCGGCCGAGAUCCUCCUGUUGCGACUCUUCUGCCCGUCCAACAACGCCUGGGUCUUUGCAGGCGACACCGCGCAGACCAUCAGCAAGGGUGUGGACUUCCGCUUCGAGAGUAUCCGCCGCCUCUUCUUUGAAGAGUUCUUGUCUGGGAAGGAUUGGGAGGAGGACGAAGUGCAAGUGGAGUUGGAAGCAUGUUCCUUUUGCGGCAGGGACAUCACGGAAGCGGGUGCGGUCAGGCUGGAGUGCAACUCCCACUUUGUGGCACACAACAAAGUUCUUUGUGGCAAGGAGGCAUGCUGUAGAGAGCUGGAGAAGCUAUGUGAUCAAGCUCUAAAGGGUGCCUCGGCCGGCGGUCGCAAGAAAGCCGAGUGGGCGCAAGCUCGCGGGCGCCUCAGCUGUCCACUGCCCGGCUGCGGCAUGUACAUGAAGGAGACCCCAAUCACCCCGCCGCUUGUAGACGAUUCGAAGGAGCCGACAACUCCCGCCACGUUCUCCGUGCGGCCGUCUUUUGGCUCCGUUCCCGGAAUACAUCACUUGACCUACAAUCAUCGCAGCACCAUGGGCAUUCUCGAGCUGGCAGCAUCCAUCAUCGACAUCCUCAUGCAACUAUUCCCGGAGAAGAUCGACUACCUUCCGCGCGAGAUCUCGAGGGUGGAUCUGGCACUGAAGCCCGUGUUCAUCUGCGGAUUGACCUUCGAGGAGACCUUGGACAUCAUCUUCGCCGGAAGCCGAAACGGCCAGCAGGAAGUCUUGGAGUUUGGGGCCCAGCAGGCAGUGCUGGUGUGGAGCGAGGAAGCCCGACAGAAGGUUAAAGAGCAAUUCCCCAUGUCGAUCGUGAUGAGCAUCCACGAUGCCAAAGGCUUGGAAUUCCAGGAUGUGCUCAUUGUCAAUGCGUUUAGCGACAUGAUGGCGGCCAGCGAGAAAACUCCCAUCCAGCUGCGCCGUCAGCAACAGAACCUUUGGAAGUACAUCGAAGAUCAGAAUGGUUUCGAUGCCUCAACUCAUGGCUUGCUGUGCUCUUGGCUGAAGGCCUUGUACGUGGCAGUGACGAGGGCCAGGCAGCGGGUGUGGAUUUUCGAGGAGGACCGCGAGGCUGGGCAGGGCCUGAUGAGGCGUUGGGAUGGGAAGAGGCUGGUCCACGUGGUCACAAGUUCCGCACAGGCUGAAAACACCCCGGGCAUGAGCCAGGGAUUUGCAGCCACAUCGACGGCGGAGGAGUUCGUGGACCAAGGCCGGGAGUUCCUUAGCCACGGCAAGUACGAGGACGCCGUCCUCUGCUUCACUCGAGCAAAGUCUGCUGGCCACCCCAUCGCGGACUUUUGGAAGCAGUACAGCCAGGCAAAGCAAUUUCAGAGCCAAGCCUCCAACACCUAUGGAGAAGGCUCCCAGCGAGACUACAAGUGCGCGGGGCAAGUCUUCGCAGGGCUAGCUGACGCACUCACUCGUACCUCCGCGGCAGUUGCAGCCCUGCUGCCACGUGAGCUCCGCGUGAGCCCCUGCCGCGUCUUGGCUGCAGAAUGCUUCUUGGAGGGAGGUGACCUGGAACGAGCUGCGUCACUCUAUGAGCUGGAGCACCGAUGGAGCGAUGCGGCUCAUCUGUGGGAGGCCAAAGAGAAAUGGGCUAAGGCUGGGCUUGCCUGGGAGCAGGAUGCUCAGUACAAGAAGUCCCUGGAGGCAUUUGCAAGGGGGAAGCGCUGGCAGGACUACCUCCGUGUGGCCACGCACCUCCACAGAGCGGGUGUGGAUGAAGAGAUCUUCCGACUACACCGGGAGGCCAUAAGGCAGAUGGCCAAGGAGUUGAAGGAGUUGACCGACUCAGGCAGAUCAGACGAAGCAAGGAUGCUGAGGUUCAAGAGGCUCUUGUCGCUCGGACACUCAUAUGUGGCCCCGUGGCACAUUUCCCUACACAAGUUCGAGUUGUUUGCUCUUCUACCAUUCACUGCUGGCCCUUGCGGAGGCGUGGAGGUCUUGGAGCAGCAGGGCCGUUUCGAGGAAUGUGCCGUCUUGUGCCUGGAGAACAUGGAAUGGACCAGGGCACAGGACUUCGAUCUCCGCGCUGGCAGUACUCCUCCGACAUACUCAGCCCUGCUUUUGGGUUGCUUGAGGUCUAUCGGCUUCAGUCCUACUGGGACCAGUCACAUCAAGAGCCUGAAGCACACAGUCUGCUGGAGGAGGUUGCAGCAGGCAUGGGAAGACCUGGCCACGGAUGAAAGGCGCGUAGCGGACACCUUGGCACAUCUCCUGGACGAUCCCGAGGUGACGCACAGAACUUGGGACCUGCCCGUCCACGCACACCUCGGGGGGCACGCGCUGCGCUUCCAAGUCUUGGCGGCCUUGAUCGCCAGUGAGCACGCGGAUGUGCCCGACAACCUUGGACAUUGGUUCGACCGCCUGAGUCACCUGAACCACAAGAUCAUGCAAGCUUUGGCUGCCUUGGCAGGAAGCUUUUCGUCCAGGUCCAGAAGUGCAGAGGAGCCCUGGCUGGAGCAGUUUGUCAUGGAGCUGCUCCUGGCUAGGCAGUACCCCUCUAUCUCCCCUGCUUUCCUGGUGCUUUCAGACCUGGCAUCGGGCCCAAGGCUGACUCGCAGUGCCAUGUUCCGUUUGGCACAGCAAAGCCUUCAGUUCCUUCGCCUCUGGCUUUGUGGGCUGCAGCUCCAGCGUUGCGAGCGGCUCUUGAUUUCAGCCAGCCCAUGCUGGAGCCAGCUCGCGCAUGGCAAAUGCACGACAAAGACAUGUGUCCGUGCUCACUCCUGGGGCCUGGCGCAGGGCGAUGCCUUCGUGGCAGCCGUGCGACACACCCUGCGCUGCCGUGACAUUGGCAAGCGCCAUGUCGGCGACGCAGAGGCCAUGGCGGCUUGCAGGUCAUUGGGUGCCACAGGUCUGGCGGAUGUGCAAUCUUGGCUUGGGCGGUGUGAACGGCUUCUCCUCCGUCUAAGCCUGCCAGGCCCACAAAGCAUGGCGUGGCUCUCACGAAGCUUACAAGCCACAGCUGCGGCAGACGAAGUACGGUUUGCCCUCCUCCAGUGGAAGAUUGACCAGUUCCUUCAGGGCAUCCACAAGGUGCAUUCGGGAAAGCUGGCACUCGAGGAUGUGCUAAAGCCGCCUCUGGUCCUGUGCCCCCUGGUGGGUUUCCAUGGUUUGCCGGGGCUUCGACUCCGAGCCAAGGACGGAGCAUGGCCGUUGGUGCGGAAGAUGGUAUCGAUGAUGGAAACCUUGCAGGCUGAGAACCAGCUGAGACUCAAUGAGGGCAUGCGGAAGCCGACCCAUGGCGACCUGCUGAACUUCUUCGAGAUGACGUGCGAAGUGGUUCAACACGUGCAUGGUCAGUGGAAGAGCAAAAGUGCAGGCAGCAUCGGCAGCUUUCCAUACUCCCCACAAGUGGUGUGCCACCUACUUGAGCAGGGUGUGGUGUGGGCCAACGUCCUGCUCACGCGUAUGAGCAACACCACCUUACCGCAAAGCUAUGUGCGGAUCCACCUGAGCCAAUACCCGCAUCUGGCAGGCCUGGCGGCAGCACAUGACUUGCCCGAGCCCAGGCGCAAGAAAUGCCAAUUCGCAUUGAAGGUCUUUGCGAGCACAGCCGUCGGUUGCCUCAAAAAUCCGGAGAAGUUCAGAGAAUGGCUGAAGGCAAAGAGCCCGGAGACUUCGCAGUGCAACGUUUGCCUUCGACUCCUCACGGUCAUCUUCAGCUGCGGCACCAUCAACUGGCUCCGCAACACGCGGAACGACAUUUGCAGUUUGAUUCAGGGCAUCAACUUCGAGGGCAAGUUGCAGCUUCUGAACGGUGGAGAGGUCUUCAUGUCUGCAAGGUCCCUGCCUAAGAAGUUGCAGUGGCUCGUUGCCGCGGUGCCCGGAGACGCAGAGGUCUGCGUGGGAGGCAGCGAGUGGCGAAAGUUCGACCGGAUGACUCCCUGGUUUCACGCAGCUCUAAGUGACCUCAACGAUCCCCUGGUCAUCCUCCAUCGAGAAGCUUGCAGCGAUCAACCCCCUGGGUGGACUUGGGGUCAGCAUGCGUUGGAGCUCGAUCGCGAGAAUCUCGUGAAGAAGGAGCACCUGCCCAAGCUUCACCUCUACCUCGGGGUGGGCUCGCUCCGGGAGUGGGCCGUGCAGAGUCGGAAGCCCCACCACAUCAUGGUUUCUUAUCCGCCGGUCCGCCGAGUCAUCGUGUACACGCCAGGGAGUGAAGUCUGCGACUUUCGUGAUUUGCUUGAGCCGUCUCCUUUGGACAUCAGACCCUCUCAACCAGCCGAACUUCUGCCCAUGACGGGGGCUUUGUCCUCAACAAGGAUUGCAGCUUAA